AGCCCCAUGGAACUGUGCACGCUGCAGAACUCGUGCUCAGUGUUUGAUUUCUCUGCAGAUGUUUUAAAGCCAUUCAAGUGUUUUGUGACGUCACAACCUCAGCACGGUCCCGAGGCGCGAGGGGGCGGAGCGAUGCAGAAGGAUUCAAAAAGCCGCGCGGCACUUCCACAGCGAGCGCGUGUUCAGACAGCGUGGAACGGCUGAGAAUCGUCUCGUGGACCUGAACUUUGCUCUUUAGACACGAGUUUUUGGCACCAUGUGGGCGCAAGCUGUGCUGUGUACGGCGCUACUGUCUGUACUGUGCCCGGCGGGGCGUACGGAAGCCGAGAGGGACGAACGAGACGUGCAGGACAGACUGCUUGGAGCUUUGCAUGAAGUGCUGGAGAAACUGCAGACGAACAGGAUUAACCCCUGGGAGAAGAAAUACGGACAGAUUCGCUCUUGUGACUUGGGAGAACAGUGUGCCAUCAGGAAAGGCUCCCGCAUUGGGAAGAUGUGUGACUGCCCCCAAGGAGCUUUCUGCAAUCUCUUCCUGUUGAAGUGCUUAUGAGCAAAAGAUGAGUUUAUUUUGAAAAUGAAUAAACAUUGUAACUGAAUUGUAGAAUGUAUAAAGUGUUUCACUGAAUUAAAAUUAAAUGUUUUCCCACUUACAUUGCUGUCCUGAGAUAUUCUUUAAAUCACUUGAUAUGCAACUUUUUAAAAGUUUUAUUUGUAUUCGUCAUGUUAUUCACAUCUUCAGAAAGCCAAAAUGGGUCAGCAAGCAUCUGAAGCCUGGUUCACACGACAGGAUUUUUAAAUUAUCUUCAGGUUUCCAAAACAUGAGAGAUCACACACGUGAAGAUAAAAAAUCAUGACACUAAUUAUCUGCCUAAUUAUCCUGCCUUGUGAACCAGGCCUUAAACAAACAUAAGCUUGCAGCUAAAAGUCACCCAGAAAACAAAAGAAAGGCCUUGAGUAACAGGUUUGAUAUGUUAACACAGGAUCUACCUUUGGGGUCACAGACAGCUGACUUUACUGUGAUGUUCCAUUGAGAUUUACCAGUUUUUGAAUUUCACCA